UUUAUAAACUUACGACCAGCUGUUGCCAUUAAAGGGUACGGACGCUGACUGGUAGUUGUUAUAGAAGUUUUCACAAAGAUUUCUUUACACAAACAACAUAUUUGUGAAAAACUGGCUUGCAAUGAAGUUGAGUUAUAGUUCCAAAGCUGCAUUAUGGGGAUAGAAAGUCUCACUAUAGAAUUAGACAAUCCUGUUGGAAUUUAUUUUCCUGGAGAGGAAGUGUUUGGAGUAGUUCACAUCUCAAAUGUCAGCAGAAUAUACCUGGAAUGUCAAGGCUAUGCAAAAUUUUGUUUCAAUGAAUUGAGUAGUGAGACUUACUAUUCAGCUGAAGAAACUUAUCUAGACCUGAAAAUUCCUCUAAUUACCAAUGAAGGCAGAGAAACCUUUGAACUUGUCAGUGGAGUUCACCAAUUUCCAUUUGUGUUUGUACUUCCAGAAAAAAUUCCCUCUUCAUUUCAAACUGAGAUGUUGGAAAAAUUUGGCUAUGGCCAUGUCAAAUACUCAAUCAAAGUAGUUUUGAAGAGAUCUUCACGUCAAGCAAAUGGAGAAACCUGCUACAUUCCAUUCACUGGAGUUUUGAAGCCGUCAUGGAAACCAAAUUACGAAUAUGUCCUCGAUUUUACAGUUAAAACCAUUGUUGACUUAAAUACAAUCCCAAAAGCAGCACUACCAACGCAAUCAAUAAAAACCAAGCCCGUUUUUCGUUGGUUUUGCUGCCGAUCUGGACUUAUAACGGUAACACUGUAUCAAGACCGUACAGGCUAUGUCGCAGGUGAAACCAUUCUCUUGCAUGCAGAUGUAGACAACCAAAGCAUGACAACAUUGCUUGGUGCAACGGUUUUUCUCAUUAAGUUUAUUUAA